AUGAAGAAAGCUUUACUCCUAUUUGAUGUAGACGGCACAUUAACACCCGCGCGGCAGAAAAUUCAAAGCGAGAUACAUGAUUACUUGAUGAAUGUGCGGAAGCGGGUACCAUUAGCUGUGGUCGGUGGAUCGGACCUUGCCAAAAUUGUUGAGCAAUUAGCUGAUAAUAAAGAAGAGUUACUGUCACAAUACGAUUAUGUAUUUUCGGAGAAUGGACUUGUUGGUUUCAAAGGGAAGGAGCAAUUUCCCAGCAGAACCAUACAAGAUUUUAUUGGUGAAGAAAAGCUUCAAAAGCUUAUAAAUUUCACGCUGAGAUAUUUCUCUGAAAUCACUUUACCCGUCAAACGAGGGAAUUUUGUUGAAUUCAGAAAGGGCAUGCUCAAUCUGUCUCCAAUUGGUCGAAGUUGUAGUCAGGCAGAGCGUGAUCAGUUUGUUGUUUAUGACGCGGAGCACAAAAUACGUGAAAAAUUUGUUAAAGCACUACUGGAAAGUUUCUCGGAUUAUGGACUCAACUGUGUCAUAGGAGGCCAAAUAAGUGUGGAUGUAUUCCCGUAUGGAUGGGAUAAGACAUACUGUCUGCAGUACGUUGAAAAGGACUUUGAUGUAAUACACUUCUUUGGCGACAAGACAAUGCCGGGAGGAAAUGACCACGCCAUAUUCGAAGACCCCAGAACGAUUGGACAUAGUGUAACCAGCCCAGCUGACACCAUGCUACAAAUCGAGCAGGUCUUGAAAGAGUUGCAGACAGUUGAAGACUAA